AUGAAGGUUAGUACUUUCAAAGAGGCGAAAAAGAUUGAAUCAGAAGAAAACUCGGAAGGAUAUGAUACCAUGGAGAACCCUUUUGAUGUUGAUGACGAUAAUAUUCGUUAUUACGCCAAGAAAUUAGGAAUUAAUCCCAAGAAGGGUCUUCAUAAAAAGGAUGAUUAUGAUAGCUUAGGUGGUCUUUUAGAGGGACUAGACUUUCUAGAUAGAUACGAUGGUCAUGAAUCAAAAAAUUCCAAUGUUUCAGAUCAAAACAUUUUGGAUCAAUCUAUGGAGAGUGAAAUGGAGUCUGAAAAUUAUGAUAACAAUAAUAGCAGUGAUCAAGAAGGAGAAAGUGAUCUAAAUGAGGAUGUGGCCGAGCUUCAAUAUGACGAUAACCUAAAAGAGUACGAUGAUGUGGCGAUGGAUUACUAUGCAAAAAAAUUGAAGAUUGAUCCAAAAAAAGGUCUCAAAAAGGAAUUUGAAGGAGAUGAACUUGGAGGACUAUUAGAUGGGUUAAACUUCGAUCUAAGAUCAAAUACUAUUAAAGGGCAAUCUGAGUCUGAAGAUAUUCAAAAUAAUUCCGAAAAUUAUGAAAGUGAAGAUGAGGAUGAAGCUCUUGAACUUGAGAGUACAGAUAAUGAAUCAGAUUUGCAAUAUUCUGGGGAAGAAAGGCCAAAGGAGAAUCCUUACGUAGCUCCAACUUCGCAGGAUCAAAAUGAUGAAAAUAAUGGAUCGGGAAAAUACAUUCCGCCAGCUUUGCGAAAGAAAAUGUUAUCACAGAAUGAAACUGAAUCAAAGGAAAUAAUUGAAUUAAAAAGAGCAAUUAAAGGACCAUUCAAUAAGCUUUCUGAACCUACAAUGGGAAAUUGCAUAAAUGACAUAGUGCAAAUAUACAGUGAUCAUCCUCGCCAACUCGUUAAUGAAGCUAUUGUUCAGAUUAUUCUUGAGGCUGUUCUUGUAAACACCCCGUUAAUGGAAUCUUUUUUAAUACUAUAUGCGGCAGCAAUCGUUGCAAUAUACAAGCUUCAUGGUAUCGAUUUUGGAGCAUAUACAAUUCAAACUCUGGUCGAAAAGUUGAGCACAUCUAUUCAAACUGAAUCCGGAGACUCUACAUCUAAGGAGCAAGCAAACCUUAUUGGUCUUAUUGGAUUUUGCUACAAUUUUAAUCUUAUGAGUGCGGGAUUGAUCUAUGAUAUCAUUUCCAAAAAGCUUUUAAAGGACACAGAUGGAAUGAAAGUUGGAAUUCUUAUGAAAUUAAUCCGGACAUGUGGACCAAAACUUAGAUCAGAUGAUACAACAGCAUUGAAGCAAAUUAUUAUUCAGUUAAACGAAUCUGUAACACUACAUGAAUCCCAUGGUCUCAAAACUUCCACAAGAACAAAGUUUUUAGUCGAAACUAUCACAAAUUUGAAGAACAAUAAGUUAAAAUCAAUUGAAAGUGAGUCUACAUCAGCAAUUUUAAUUCGUACCAAAAAACAGCUAGGUAGAAUCAUGGGCCGUUCGCUUGCUGAACCAAUAAAGGUCAAUUUAGAUGAUAUAGAGCAUAUUAAAGAUCGAGGGAAAUGGUGGCUUGUUGGUUCGGCCUGGAAAGGAAAUGAUGAUGCAGAAAAUUUACAGAAAAGUAAGGAUGCAUCUCGGGACUCUGAUCUUGACGUGAAUGAUGAACUUGGAAAGGAAGAAAUCAAUUGGUUAGAAGUUGCUAACCAACAGCGUAUGAAUACUGAUGUCAGAAGAGCAAUCUUCAUAUCUAUCAUGUCCGCCUCUGAUUAUAUGGAUGCAUAUGUUAGGUUGGAUAAAUUGGGGCUUAAAAGGACACAAAAAUUUGAAAUACCAAAUAUAUUGUUACAUUGUAACAUAAUGGAGGUUGUUUUUAAUCCUUACUAUGCAUUUCUUGCCAAGAAACUGUGUGAAGAUCAUACUAUGAGAAGAACCUUUAAAUUGAAUCUUUGGGAUCUCUUAAAGGAACUGGAUAAUGGUAAUGAUGGAGGUACAGGAUUACUUACCGAUUCUGUUGAUGACAAUGAAAGAUUAAGCGGAAUAUUGAACUUAGGAAAAUUUUAUGGUUUUUUAAUUGGUACAGGAUCGGAGCCGCUUAAUAUACUUCACACGGUAAACUUUUUAGAUGCCUCAUCAGAUGUUAGGCUCUUUAUGGAGAUUCUUCUUAUUACAUUCAUCAAUAUUGUUGGGAAGAACUCGGAAAUUAAAGCAUUUGGAUCGGGAACAGUAAAAUCAAAUGUGAAAGUGAAGGAAAUGAAAUUCAAUGACAAAAUCAUUGUAAGUAGGCUUUCGAAAUGUAAAGAACAACCUUUACUUUUGAAAGGAUUAAGGUAUUUCUUGCAAAAUAACGUUAAAGAAAGCAACUUAAUUGAUGGAAAACGACAAAGAAAAAGAGUUGACUGGGGUGUUGACUCAAUUUGUGAUAAUAUUGAGGACGUCCUUCGAAAGGAACUUUCUUGA